GUGGUCAUAAUGAAAAUGUUCUCAGAUGAGUCGGUUAGCGGAAGGAUCAACAUUUUGUUACCAUCCCUGCCACAAUUUCCCCUUUCACUCUGAUCGGACUUCCAAUCUCGAAAUAAAUGAUAACCCCUUGUUCUUCAAUUGUUUGUUUUCAGUGCUUUCCAUGGAAUCCGGUUCUAUAGUCCUUGGAUGAGGUAUCAUAUCGGAUAUAUAGGCUUAUGAAGUGCUGUGACUUGUAUACUAAAUUUGACAGUGGUUUGCUAAUAGAAUGCUGGAAUUACUGCUAAGUGAAGCUUAGAUGCAAUUGGUUUCACACUGAUGCAGACAUCAUAUUCCUGCAUAAAUUUUUGGUCAAAUUUCAAAAUCCAGAUAAGCGUUAUCUGAUGGAUGAAUCACGUGAUCCGUUUCUUCAGUCUAAUGUUGUCGACCCUGCUAAUGGUUAUAGCUCAAGAUCUGACCCUGAUAAGCGUGGGCUCCAGAACUUCAUUGGGCCUGGUUUUCCAGGGUUGAAGAAGCGAGGUCAUACUCUUGGAAACCGUUCUUGGAUAAAAAUUGAGCAAAGUGGGAACUCCAAAGUUGUGGAGCUAGACAAGGCUACUGUAAUGAGGCAUUGUUCUUUGCCGGCUAGAGAUCUUCGUCUUUUGGAUCCUCUUUUCAUUUAUCCAUCCACAAUAUUAGGCCGUGAGAAAGCUAUUGUGGUUAGUCUUGAGCAGAUUAGAUGUAUAAUCACAGCCGAUGAGGUGUUCCUUAUGAAUUCGCUGGACGGAUCUGUAGUUCAGUACAAAUCUGAAUUGUGCAAACGCCUUCAGAAAGAGAAAUAUAACUCAGACGAUCUACCAUUUGAGUUUAGGGCGUUGGAACUAGCUUUGGAGUUUACAUGCCUGACUCUUGAUACUCAGGUGAAAGAGUUGGAAAUGGAAAUUCAUCCUGUGCUUGAUGAACUAGCAAAAUCAAUAAGUACUCUCAAUCUUGAACGCGUUCGUAGAUUCAAAGGCCACCUUCUAGCAUUGACUCAAAGGGUGCAAAAGGUCUGUGAUGAAAUAGAACAUCUAAUGAAUGAUGAUGGAGAUAUGGCUGAGAUGUACCUAACUGAGAAGAAACAAAGGAACUUGUGUAAUGAUCUAUAUGAUCAAGUACAAGGUAAUAUUUUAAUCAGCCCUGGAGUGGGAUUAGGAUCAAAAUCCGCUCCUGUUUCCCCUGUUGGGUCUGCGAGUGGGUCACAUAAAUUGCAAAGGGCAUUUAGUAAUAUAAGUGCACACAGACAUGGAAGCAUGUUGAGUUCAUCUGCAACUGCUGAAACUGAAAACAUUGAUCAACUUGAGAUGUUGCUGGAAGCGUAUUUUGUUGGAAUUGACAAUACUCUAAACAAGUUGCUUUCGCUUAAGGAAUACAUCGACGACACUGAAGAUCUGAUCAACAUUAAACUUGGAAAUAUUCAGAAUCAGCUGAUUAAGUUUGAGCUGCUCUUGACAGCCGCUACUUUUUUGGCUACGGUAUUUGCUGUCGUCACAGCGGUAUUCGGAAUGAACUUCGAAGACAACGUUUUCAAUGAGCCAAACAGAUUCCAGUGGGUCGUUUCUGUCAGCGUCACCUUAUGUGGAGUCUUGUAUAUAUGUUUCUUGCUUUAUUUCAAACAUAAGAAAAUUUUCCCUCUGUAGAUUUUCUCAUAAAAGGAAGAAUUCCCUUCAAAGCAGUCGGAUCUUGAAUAUAAAGAUCGCAGAAUAACUUUUUCAGUCAUCUUUAUCUGGAAAAUUUUGCAGCUGAAUCUAUGCAUUUCUUUCUCAUUUCUUGAUCCAUACCAUGAAUACCUUUUGAUAUGUGCAAUUUGCGCUUCUAUGGUUGUACUCUUUAUGAUGUUUUAUGCAGUUUUAAGGGCUUGAUGAAGAAGAUUCGAUUCUGGUGUGAUCAAAGUCCCAGAAAGAGUUUUCUUCUUGUGGUUCUGGAGAAUGAGGCUUACUUUGGCUGUUUCGGUUCUCGAGAAUGGCUUCGAGCUCCUCGAUACGGGCUCGGAGUUCUGACUCGAUUACUUCAUGAAGGCGUAGCCGUAACUCAAGUGGCGAAACCACGUAGUUUGGAGUGAAAACGGGUCUGCCGGUGCUUUCGCUUUUGUCACUGUGGUCUGAUUCAGAUCGGCUAUCGAGUUGCCAGGUGAUGGCAUCUAGGUUCAAGUCUCCUCUAGCCAUGUAUGUUUCAAUGUCCGAGUCAACCUGCAAAAAAAAUUCCAACCAUGGUAUAAACACUUGUAUCUUGUGCCUUGGAAACCAUAAGCUAGCUUAUUUUUUUGAGUUUAUUCAAUAAGCUUAGUUUGAUUAGCUAUAAGCUAGCUUUUUGAAAAACUACUUCGAGCAACGUUUCAACAAGCUCUAGGGUUAUUUUAUACCUUUUUUCUAAUUAUACCCCUUAUAUUUUU